AUGCAGCGAUUCGAAGAUCAAGUGAAGGGAGCGUUAAGUGACGAGUUAAAAGCUAAAGAUGAAGCUCAAAACAAGAAGACAUGUGAAAAUAUUAUAUUAUUGCUACAAGAAAAUAGAAAGACUCUGGAUAAUCUUUUAGAUAAGUUACUCAAAUCAUCGUCAAUCUCUCCGAAUAGUCGAAAGUAUUUGAAACUGUUGCAAAUCAAUGCUAGCUUGCAUUACGAAAACACUCAAUUAAAAAUAUAUUUAUCAUCUAACCAAGAUCGUACCAAGAAUGUAACACAGGAACCCUCUGACAAAUACCGUCCGAUUACUAAACAAACUACUUCUGGAACCAAGUCGGAGGAGAAAAUGAACCGUCUUUCCAUAAAUUCAACGAUGAAAUUGUUAAACGCUCAUGAAUUUGAAGGUCUUAAGAGUUUCAAGUAUAUUCACAGAUCUUUUUCGCCAAAUGUUCGAGGUGUAACACUAUCGGCGUCACAUCAGUCGGAGACAUGGGACCCAGAGGCCAAGGCUGAUUACCCUCGUAGCAACAAGCUGCUUAUACGUCAAGCACUCUUGGGCCCAGACGCUAAGCCAGAUGAACUUAAUGUUGUUGAGGUGGAAACAAUGUCGCUUCAAGAGUCUGUCAAGAUCCCAGUAGCAGUGCUGAAAGUUGGAGAGGCAAGGCAUGCACGUUUGGAUAUUGAAUUCCCAGAUGCCCCAGUCACUUUCACUCUUAUACAGGGAUCAGGGCCAGUGCAUUUGAUUGGCCAGCACCUACUUGGUGCCCUUGUGGAAGAGUUUGAAGACAUGGAGGAAAUGGAAGAAGAAAUGUUGGAUGAAGAGGAAGGGGAUGAUUCUCAAUUCAAGGAAGAUGAGAAUAAAAGGAAAGCAUCAGCAGGAAAGCGCAAGACCAAUGAGGAUGAGGAUGAUGAAGAAGGUGAGCCCAAAGGUAAAAAAGCGAAAAUGUCAAACAAUGCUAAAGGCAAGGCUCCAUCGCCCAAGAAGAACGCCAAGAAGUGAACCGCCUGCCGCGCCCGCCCCGUUGGCUUGCGCCCGUUCGCUCUUUGAUGCGCCGCACGCACCCGAAAUUCGUCAAACAGACCAAUUCCAUUAAAGACUGACUACAACCUCGAUCAUUUAAUUUUAGGUAUAUCGUACCUAGUGUAAUUAUAAAAAUAUUUUGGAUUACUUGAGUAGUACAGGCCAGUUGUAGGCAGUGCGGCAUGACAUGAGCUGAGCGGGCGCAGCUGGCGGCCAGCGUAUCUCUUAGUUGUACGUCAUAGUGUGGUAAUUCAGUCUAGGUUAGCAUUGUAUCGACUUGAGCGUGUCUGGAUGAGUGGAAGUGUGAGUAUUUGUACGUGAUAGUUAUUUACUGGUCGAGGUAUCUGCAAACUAAUCGAUCCGAUCCUGCGUGGUUACCGACGAUCGAAUGUGAUUUCUUCACUAUUUUUUUUUUAAUUUUUCUAAUCUAAAUUUUCAUUCCUUACUGUGGUAUAGUGUUAUGGAUGUCAAAUUUAAUAUUAAAGUAAGUCUUAAAUUCACAGAUGUAUUUUUAAGUUAAGACAUUAAGCAUAAUCAGUGUACUUUUAAGACAUUGAUCAUUUUGUAUGAAGUAGCUACCGGUCGA